GGAAUGCGGGGAAGAUGCAUGGGUGUCUGAUAAGAAACGGGCUCAUGCGACUACUUAUUCGGAUAUUUUCAGCUGUAUUUCCUGAAUGCUGUCACUCAGCUGUGUUUCCAAAUUUCAAGAUGUCUUCGGACGAAAAGAAAGUAGCAAGUGGGUCACCUGGAGAUAUUAAUCUACCUGUUGAACAUGGCGCAACAACCAUCACGUCCACAGCUCAGGAUGCUAAAGUGCCUGUCCAAAAUGGCGACUACGACGAUGCAGCUAAUCUCUUUGCCGCUGCGGGCGACAAUUUCUUCUACACCAAGGAUGAAGCAAGACUCGUUCGGUGGAAACUUGACAUUAUUUUGCUCACAAUGAUGACGAUCACAUACAUUCUCUCCUUCAUCGAUAAGGUCGCCUUGUCUGAGGCAUCAAUUUAUGGUAUUCGCGAUGACGAUCAUCUUGUCGGCCAAGACUACAGCUGGGUGUCAUCGAUAUUCUACUUUGGCUACCUCUUCGCGCAAUAUCCGUCUUCUGUGCUGAUGCAGAAAUUGCCGCUUGGGAGGUACUUUGGAGUGAUGGUCAUCUUGUGGGGUGUUGCGACAACAUGCAUGACCGCAACGAACUCGUUCGCUACAUUGGCAGUCUGUCGCUUCUUUCUCGGCGCAUUCGAGACCUGCAUCUCCCCGAUUCUUACUCUGCUAGUCGGCCAGUAUUGGACGACGCGAGAGCAACCCCUUCGGGCGUCAAUCUGGUGGGCUGGAGGCGGUAUUGGAUCCUUUAUCGCCGACUCCAUUACUUAUGCGGUGGCAGGGGAUACAUUGAAAGGAGGCGGAAAGUACGUCACUUGGCAGGUUAUAUUUCUAACGGUAGGCCCGAUCACGAUAGCAUGGGGCAUCUUGUUAUUUUUCGCCCUGCCGACGUCUCCGACGACAGCAUGGUUCUUGUCCGAUCGGGAGCGGAAAAUUGCUGUUAUUAGGGUUAUGCAAAAUCACACUGGUAUCGAAAAUCGAAAGUACAAACUGUAUCAAGUGAGAGAAGCAUUGAAGGAUCCCCAGGCGUGGAUGUUGACGGCGAUGGCUUUUCUGCAGUGUAUUCCAGGUGGGGGAUUGACCUCGUUCGAUAAAAUUGUCCUGGAAGGCCUCGGAUACUCAAACAGACAGGCCACACUGAUGUCUUUUCCUGAGGACGGUAUCCAGUUAUGCUCAGUCCUCGUGGCCGCCUUGCCUGCUUCUCAUGCCCAUGGUCGUCUCGGUGCUUUCUACGUUCUCUUCGUCAACACAAUUCCAUACAUCAUGUGCAUGUCUUUGCUCUCGUCGAAUAUCGGCGGUUUUACGAAGAAGGCAACCGUCGGAGUAAUGAUGUUCAUGGCCUACAGUGUGGGACAAAUCGUGGCGCCACACUUUUUCCUAUCCAGCGAGAGUCCUCGGUAUCCCACGGGCUUCAGAGCGUUUUAUGUGUCGGUUGCCUUGAUGAUCGCAAUUGAGUUUUUGAUGAUUGGAUAUCUGCAUUACAUGAAUAGAAAGAAGGACCGAGAUGCUGCAACCGGCGAUGGGGAUGGCCUUGAGGAUGCACCGGGGUGGAAUGAUUUGCUGGAUCUGACCGAUAAAGAGCAUAGUCGCUUUAGAUAUGUCUUUUGAUUUAUCGUGUUACAUCUCUACAUCAAUUGAUAUCCAGUGCGAUUUAUUUCAAUUUUUCGUGUAAAAUCGUCAGUAUUCCAUAAAUCUUUCCAAGACCAUGCAGAAAUACGAUGUCACAAUCCUUAUAUUACGAAACAAUCCUCUAUCCAGUUUCAGCCAGAAUGUAAAUUUAAACACAGGAGACGGACUAGUGCGUAAAACAAAAGUCAGAGAAAAAAAUAUAAAAUAAACAUAUUAUAAUGAUAACUAUAAUUGUACUAACAUCGAGAUUGCUGCUUCAAAUCCAUGGCGUUCAGGGCAGUUCCUGGAAAUAUACCACGACUAAACAAGGGAAAGUCUGGUCAAGCUGAUGAUUCAAAAUCAUACCUACAUGAUGGUUGAC